AAUGUUUUGUAGAGAAGAAUGGCUGCCAUCUUUAGUUUUCGAUGGAUGUUUUACGGAGAGAUCGCGAGUUUCUUGUAUUUAUCACGAUAAACAAUAACGUAAUAGUGUAUUAUUAAGUGAAUAAUUAUUAUUCGCGAUGUAAAUAACGAUUUAUAAAUAUUUUUAUUAGCUGCCUUUGUGCAAUUUUAUGUUUAAAAUGCGUGUGUUUACAUCAAUGUUUGAAGUCACUCUCUGUAUUCCUGUCACAGUAAGUUUCCGGUCGAGUAUUCUCAAAUAGCUCAAACUGUGAGUUGAGGCAUCGUCGCUGAGCGAUUGGGAGCCGAAAAUAAAUAAAUAAUAAUAAUUAUUGCUAUAAUUCCCGUCGUAUUUAAUUUUCGGCGGUAAGUAUAAAAUUUAUCAAAACGUCGACUCCGUCGGUAAUAAAGUUAUCCGGUGGCGCAGCUGGAGCAAGCGGGUCCGAGGAGCACAAAUCCCCGGGUCCCGGACCGCCACCGGAAACCAGUAGUGUGGAGAAAGUCGCGCCCAGCGAAAACAAUGGCACCGCUGAAGCCACCAUGAGUUUUGUCCUGCAAUUGGGCUCUGCUGAAACCCUUGAGGAGACCAGUCCGAGUAUCAGAGAAAUAGCAUCAGUUACAAUUCAAGAAAGAACAACAGAGCCAAUGAGUAUUGUUUUGCAAUUGGGUACAGCAGCAGCAACCGGAAAUUCAGAGGAAACUCAUAGUACAGAAAAAUCAACAGCAAUGAUGGUUACUAAGCCUGCUAUUGUUUAUCCCAAUAAUCAAAUAAAAGUUCAGCAGAAUAAUGCUAAGAGUAAUAUUGUAACAACAGCUGCUGCUAAUUCUGGUGGUGUUAUUUCUGCGGUUGCCAAACCUGGGACGAUUGUUUAUCCAGCAAAAGCAAUCAAAGAUCAAAAACUUGUUGGACCUGUAACGACUGUAGAGUCAAAAAUUAUUGCAACGCCUUUGGUACUGACCCAGCAGCAAAUAUCUGCGAGUACUGGUGGCGCGUUAAUUCCCUGUUCUUUAGCAGCAAACCAUUCAACGACCCCAUUGAAUCCGCACUCGUCUAAGUCCGUGAUUAAUAGUACCGCUAAUUCAAAUCUCCCGGGGAAGAUUCAGCUCACGUACGAAGUUAUGCAAAAUAAACAACAGCAGCAUUCAUCAAAUAUUAUUCAAAGCACAGCAUCGCAAAAGGUAGUUGGUACAACGACGGGUGUCAAAACAAUUACAUCGACGAAUUCAAUGUCAAACAUUCAGAGGUUACGGACUAAAUCCCCAAGUACCGGGUCACCCAAUGCUAAUGUCCAUAAAGUUAAAACAAUAACGAGUAUCAACAACCAAGGGGGAAUGGUACCUAAAAAUUUUACUUCACGUGUGCAAGCUGUGUCAAAAGCCCAAACAUCAUCGACAAAUGUUGCUAUUACACCUGUUGCAAUGACACAAGUUAUAACCAAUUCAAAUAUUCAACGACUACAGCAACAAAAUAAUCAACAAAAAAUUCAACAAAACCAGACGUCAUCAAAUCAAACUACGGUUAAUACCCGAGUUAAUACGAAUAAUAAAGUAGCAGCUGUACAGCAGCCAAUUGAUCAAACUCAGUCACUACAAAAAGUUGCUGGAGUCUUUCCAAAAACAUUAGCAGUUCAACGGCAACCAGUUGCUACCACUGGGACUAAUAAUGUACAAAAAGUUUCAAUUGCCGGAAUACAAAAGACAACAUCGGUACCGCAAAAUCAACCGCAAAUAAAUAAUACUGUACAUUUUCAAAAUUCUCAACAGCCUAAAUCACAAAUCACAUCAGUACAAAAAUCUCAGACCGCAUUGGUAUUAAAUAAUUCAACGAAAAAUUUACCCUUAACAAAUCCUGGUAAUAUUGCUAAUAUUGCUAAGAGCAGUAGUGUUCCAAAUGUAUCAAAAAUUCAACAAAAUUCUACAGUAACACUGGGCAAGGCUCAGCUUAUAUCUCAGUCCCAACUCAAUGUCCAUCAUACGUUACAUGUUCAACAGAUUGUUCCUCAGACGAUUCAAGGACAGGCGGUUUCUAAGCAACAGCAGCAGCAGCAUCAACAUCAGCAGCCGGUUACUUUGCAGACAGCACGAAUGACUGGUAAUACUAAUUCACAACCAAAGUUGAAUGUUAUUCAACAGAAUGCGACUCUUACGAGCAUACCGAUAAAUCAAAAAAAUCCUUUGGUUGUAAAUGCUAAAGUACAAUCACAGCCGCAAAUGCUUCUCAAAGUUGGACCGAUGAAAAAUUCUCCCAUUGGAACACAACAUCCAGGGAAUACUGUCAAGACUGUUGGUCAAAAAGCUGCUGCUGCUAAUCAGAUGAAAGCAAAUCCUCAGCAAGUUGGGAUAUCAAUGAACCGGACUGUGAAUGCCCAACCAAUUAAAAUAAUCCAACAGCACCAGCAGCAACAAUCACCGCAACAUAUUGUCGUUAAUCCAAUGACUGCCCAAAAACAACCGGGUUGUAUAAAAACAAUCCCUGCACAAAAACCUCCGCUGCAGCAGCAACAACAGCAGCAACAGCAACAACAGAGAAAUAAUACCCAAAAAGUUGGUGGCAUAAAAACUUCUUUGAAUACCAAUAUGAAUUCAUUGAAAGCCCAAAUGCCCAACAAUCCUGCUGUUCCUCCUAAUUCAAUCUCGCAAAAACAAAAUUUACGAACAUUUCAUUCUCAGCAAUUGACUUCAUCAAAUAUUAUGAUACAUAAAAAUCAAACGAUGAAAAUUCAACAGCAAAAUAUUCAGCAAAAACAAAAAAUAAUUACACCGCAGUAUACCCAACAGCAAAAUGUGAGACCACAAGCUGGACAAAUAAAAACAAUUUUACCCGUAAUUUCGCCGGAUAUUCAUAAAGAAGUUGAAGCAAAAGUUGGACAUGAAUCACAGAUAUCAAAAGAACAAGAGUUUCAAGAACAGCCAACGUCACCAGUACGGCGAAUGCCACUUCCUUAUGAGUGUCUGCAGUUUGUCCUUCAAGACCAUAACUACGGAGCUCCACCACCGCGCACGCCGCCACCAGCAUCACCUCCACCCCAUCCACAGCAGCAGCCUCUCAAUGGUGCAAGUGGAUCAACACUUCAGCAUUCAUUUAUGUACAACCAAGUUAUCACCAACAAUAGUACAGCCGACGACGCAGCGAGUGCUAUCAGCAGUGACGCAGGUCGUGAGGUCGAGCCGGAAGGUGAAGAAACAGAAACAGCACCAGAAGGAGAGGGCGACGACGAAGAUAGUAUUACUCGUUGUAUUUGUGAUUUUGAACAUGACGAUGGAUAUAUGAUUUGCUGUGAUCGCUGUCUUGUUUGGCAGCACGUUGACUGCAUGGGUAUCGACAGAUCAAACAUUCCCGACGAGUAUCUCUGCGAAGUGUGCCGGCCACGUCGUGUAGAUCGUCAACGAGCUCGAACUCUUCAACUGCGUAAACGCGAAGAACUUCUAAAUUCUGAUACAUCGUCGGAUACGUCGUCCACAAGCUCUGCGGACACGGAUGUAGGCAGCAAUACAACGACGACUAAAAAACGACCGCUCCAACAGCUACCUGUUCCACGAAGAAAGUCCGAUCCUCCUCCUUCGACGCUUAGAAAAUUGAAUAACAAUAAUAAUACUAAUAGUAAUAAUAAUAACAAUAAUAAUAAUAAUAAUGUAGCGAAACGUCAAAGACGAGAGCAACUUCCAAGACAAGCGAGUGCGGGUAGAAAAAAGGAGACAGCAAAACGUGGCCCGGGUAAAAGAAAAACAAAACGUAGAAUAAGUUUAGAUGGUGAAGAUGAAACUCAAGAUGCUUGGGGUUCAAAUAUGGCACCUUUAAGACAGUGGAUUGAAAGAUAUGAAGAGGCUGUGACAAAUCACUACAGUCCUGAGUUGAGAGCCAGAAUAUCCAGCAUUAAAGUUAAUGGCACACACAGUGACUUGAAACAGAGUAAUAUGAGCUCUGGUGCUAGUGGCAAGUGUCGGCUUAAUGUACACAGCAACAGUCUCAGAUUCUUGGUAGCUACUGUAUACCUUCCACCAAAUACUCCAAUCAUCGAGCUACGAGGUAAAUAUAUGCUGAGUACACAGCACAGGCCGACGCAUCCUCAAGGACGACAGCACGCCCAGCGGCCAGGACCUUUUGUAUUUUUCUAUCGGUUGCCACGUGAGGGUACUGAAGUUUGUGUUGAUACCAGAACAUACGGCAAUGAUGCGAGAUUUGUACGACGAAGUUGUAAACCCAAUGCUGAAAUUAAACAUUGUAUAGAAAAAGGAACAUUGCAUCUGUAUAUCGUUACGACAACAGUUAUUGAAAAAAGUACUGAAAUAACGAUUCGUCAUGAGCAACAUGAUCUUUUACUUUCGCCUAAUUCAAAUUCAACUGUCACUUCGCCUCUUCCGUGUGCUUGUGGUAAUCCACGUACUUGUCAAAUAACUACAGCAGCUGGACAACUCAGUAGUACACGAAGAGGUAGUAAUGGUACACUUGCGGAGAAUGCUGAUGGUCGUGAACGAAGACGACGAGGUAGAAGAAAUACUGUCAAUGAGGAAAGUGAUGUAUCUAGUUCAACAACUUCAACACCACCAGUAGUAAGUCAGCCAACACCAAAUUCAACAGCAACUCCUACGUCUUCAACAUCAUCAACAUCAACAGUAUCAGCUGGUGCUAAAAAAAUGAUUACUAAUCCUAUAACACCAGUACCAGUACCAGCUGUUACGACAGCAGCUGUGGCAAUAGUGGCAACGACGACAACCACCACGAUAAUAACAACAAUAACAACGGCAACAGCAACAGUUACGACGUCAACGACGACCAUGACACCGGUGGUGGCGACGACUCCUGCUGUAGUGACUAAAGUAUUACCUAAAGAAGAGGCUUCUGUUUCAGUAUCACAACCACCCGCGCAACAGGUACUUCAUUCGACAUCACCAGUUACUCCAACGUCACAAGAAACCAGUAAAAAAGAUAAAAAGAAAAUGACAAGAGAAGAGCGUAAAAUGGAAGCUAUUAUGAAAGCUUUUGAAAGAUUAGAAAAAGCUGAACAAAGAAAACAAGAAGUACAAGCAAGAAAUGCACAGAGAAAAGAAUCUGGAGGUGCGCAUAGUGAUAAUGAUGAUCCGCCUCUUAGUCUUCCGACGAAACCGAAGCAGCAGCAUAUUGAACGACCGCUGAGACGAAAAAGACGAAAGGGUAGAGCAAGAACAACAAGUAGCUCACACUCUCAAAGCAGUCGAAGGACUAGAUUAAAUUCCGCGGAUUCAGACAUGUCCUCUGGUGAUGAAAGUAUCAUGAUGCAGUCGCCACCCUCUUCAUGUAUACCCAAUCGUGAGGCUCCGUUUUCUCCUCGACUUCAUACACCAACGAAGGAUGAAAAUUGUGUGGCAAUGGCGCGAGAUUCAAAUAACCAAACUAUACCAACAGCAGCGGGUCUUUUAUUAGCUCUUGCAAAUUCAAAUGUACCUGGUCCAAGUUCACCACCGCUCCAGCAACCGCCACCAAGUAAAAGUCCUACCUGUGACAGUGGAGCAAGCAGUAGUUCUCAAAGUUCAACUCCCUCGACACCACUGUCAUCAGCUUGUCUAUUAGUAGCUGCCGCGGUCGGACCUCUUGCUCCGGGAUUCAAAUUUCCUAAAACUAAAAAGGCCAUGAUGAACGAGUGGUUACGAGACUCACCGGACACGCCACAUCCUCCUCACGUUCAAUUACCACCUCAUAUAUCACCAAAUAUAUCACCAAUGACAUCAGUACCGUCUCCAAGUCCCGUAAUUCCUUCGACGAACAGGUCGAUUGAUUUUCUUUCACCUACAGAUCCCUCGCCGGAAUUUUUGACACAGAGUUAUGCCGCUAAAAGUUUGGCUACUCUUGUACAAGCCGCAAAUUCUGUUUCAGGUAUUUGUGAUUCACCACCACAACGUAAACAAGUAGUUGUUGCACAAAAUGCCAAUGGUUGCCCAGUGUCAUCAGGUUCGGCUAAAAAACGAUGGCUACGACAAGCCAUCUCUGAGGAAUGUGACUCACCCAAUAGUAGACCUGAAAGUCCGCCCAGUGAAAUGGUAGCGCCACCUAAAAAACGACGAAUUGCUCGUGAAAGUAUUUCAUCAGACAAUUAUACUCCACCGACAACGCCAACACCCGUACACACUGAGGCUGGUCCCACUAAUUCGGCGCUUUCUUCAUCUGAAAAUGAUUUCUCCGAGCAUCCACAGUCACCAUUGUCAAUUGAGGGAAGAAUUAAAACAGAUUAUGAGGCUGAUAAUAUUAAAGAAGACACCAAUUCAGACUCAGAGAAGCCGGAAUUCUUUGAAACAAUUAAACCUAAAGUUGAUUUAUCUGAUUCUGACGUUAAAGAAGAAGAUGAGAGAGAAACAGAUAAACCAGCUGUGUCUGAUUUGAAAGACCAGGUCGAAUUAUCACCAACGGAGAUUAAAAAUCAUGUGAAAGAUGAAAUUAUGGAAGUUGAGGAUGACAAAGACAUUGAUACAUCAGUGAAUUUAAUUAAGAUCGAAGAAAAACCUAGUAUGGAGUGCGAAGAAUCUUCAGAUGUAAUUAAACCUUCUAGCGUUACAGACAGUCCGAUUAAACGAGAGACGAGUUCACCAUUAGUGGACGAAAAAUGUCCUAUGGAAGUUGAUAAUCAGAGUGAGCCGGAGACAGACGAACCGAGGUCACCAAUUGGUGCAACAGAGUCCGAGUCUGAGCUCAAGCCACGUGCAGCUGAAAUGACACUUGAGUAUGGAACGGUCGCAAAUGUCGUUGAUAAAAAUGAAAGCUCUGAAAAUAUAGAAAAACCCGCGUUCGACAAAGACUGUCAGUCCAAUGAUGGAUCGUCUAUUGACGAGUUUGAUGUCGAGGCACAAAUGAAGAUGAUCACUGGUGAUGAUGGAAAUGAUUACAAGGAAAAAGUUGACACCUGUUCAGACAAAGAUAAUAAAAGUAUGGAUGGGAUCGAAGGAUUGAUGGAUAGUUCGAAGGAAGACUCUGAUUCAGAAGAUCAUGAAAUGGAAGAUACACAACCGAGUGAAGAGCCACGUCGUUUUAAAGAACUGGAACGAGACAUUGAAGAAAGAGCUUUCAAAGAACUUGAAACAAUGUCUCAUAAUCAAGACUUUGAUUCGAAUAACAAAGAAUUUGUUGCUGACAAUGUUGAUACUCCAUUAGAGUGUCUUGUAACAACGAAACCAGAAUCAUCGACGACCACAACCACAACUUCUGAAGAGUCGAUGUUUGAUUCCGUAUCUUCAAAUAUCGACUGUGAGUCUGUUGUUGAGCCGCCGAAAAUAUUUCAGUCAAUUCCACCUCUGAGUGAGAGAAUUCGUAAAAAACCCGACAGUUCUGCGGCCCCGAAGAAGAGUUUAGUUUUUGAAGCUGCGAUGAUUGAGUCAACAAUUGAUAUGGAAUCUGUUGAAAUAACAGAAAAUGGCGAUGAUAAGAAUCAACUGUCUACGGCUUUGAGAGAAUUACUGAGAUCCAAGAUUGAUGAAGAACCAACAGCUUUUAUGAAUGCUGAAAAUACAGAUCCACCGUUAGAAAAUAUAAAUCCAUCACCGGAAGAUAUUAAUCCACCAUUGGAAAGUAUUAACCCAUCUCCGGAAGAUAUUAAUCCACCAUUUGAAAGUAUUAACCCAUCUCCAGAUGAUAUUAUUCCAUCAAUAAAUUCAUCGCCAAAAGAUAUAAAUCCAUCACCAAAAGAAAUAUAUUCAUCUCCAAAAGAUAUAAUAAAUCGAUCUCCAGUAGACAUGAAUCCUUCACCAAAAGACAUUGAAUCAUCUCCAAAACAUAUUAAUCCACCUCCAGAAGAUGUUAGUCUUCCAGAAAGUAUAAAUCCGUCAUCAGAAAACGUAAAUCUGCCACUAGAUGAUUUGUAUCCAUCGUUAGAAAAAAUUAGUCCGCAAACAGAACAUUUUAAUUCGUCGUCAGAAAAUAAUAGCCCGCCUGUACUAAACCAUAUCGAGGCUAUCGUACUGGAACCAAGUGUCCAAGAGAACUCGGCUGUCUUAACAAAUAAACAAGAAAUCGUAUCACCUAAAGUUGAAGAAAAAGCACCGCCACCACCACCACCACCACAACCUGAAGUCAGGAGGCUAAAAGAUCCCCGGACAGCGGUUCCCAAUCGAGGUCCAUCACCAAAACACGAUGCUCCUGCACCAGUGAAGCGUAAGGUUAGAACGCUAUCGAUUUCCGAGUAUCGGAAACGAAAACAACAGUCCACGGGAACACCACCGGAGCCUGAGCCAUCGAAUGACGUGUCAUCGUCGGAUAAGAGUCCAGCACGUGGUCGAUCAGACAGUGCAAGCAGUGGUACAUCAUCUUUGAGUUCAGAUGAUGAUAAUGCUAAAACAACUCAUGAUUUACCGGGACUAACAACUCUGCCACUUUUUGCAGGCUCAGAAAAUGAAGAACGUAAAGGUGGUGAAGAAGGUAUUAUUGGUUGGUCAGCAGCACCAACUCUCGUUGAACGACAGCGAGAAAAUCUUACUGAAAGAUUAAAACGCGAGUUUGGAUUAUUUUUAAGUGACGAUGAAGAAGAACGGGCUCGAAAACAAGGUUUAACUGCAGAAGCUAUUCUAAAAGCACGCAAAGAAGCGAUGCCAAAUCAAGUUAUAAUUCCUGGUGCGCCAACGUCAUAUCCUCAAACGCAACUACCCCCACAAACGUAUAUACCACCACCAGGUUCAGCAGUUAUUCAUUAUCCACAAUUCCAAGUGAAACCAGGAAUUCCGGGAGCAUAUAUGGCCGUACCGCAGCCAAUUCCACCACCAGUACCACCACCACCAGGCAUGUAUCCAGUAUCGGCGUCAACGGCAACACUUUCAUCAGUGGGUAAGCCGGUACCACCACAAUUUCUCGUGCCACAAGCCCCACCAGGUUCGAAUCCGUACCCUCCGCAAUUUAUCCCUACUGCUAGUCCACCCGCACCUACCCAACGAUUUCCCGUCGCGACACCUCCGCCGCCACCACUAACGUUAUCGUCUGGCUUUCCCGCAACACCACAACCUUCCAAGCCUUAUUACAUUCAUCCUCCACCUGCGCCCAGGACAUAAUUGCCAACUAAACAAUCUAAACUCUUCAUUUAAUUUACGGCUACUCAAUUAUUUCUGGUGUUUAGUUCGCGGCCUAAGCUUUUAAUAAAAAUAAAACAAAUUAUUUUUUUUUCCCGAACAAAUAAACAAGGACGAGAAGAAAAAAUUUGAAAACAUGCAUUUGAUGAUAUAUUUAAUUUGAGGUUUUUAAUAAAACAUUCGUUUAAAAAACGAUUAUUUAAAUUAGCGGUAAAAUUUAAAAAAAGAUGUCAGUAAUUGAAGGAUGAUAUGAAAUUAAUAUAUCAGAAUAUCUUUUUUUAUACUAAACGAUUGCGGUGUCCAGAAUAAUUUUAUAAGAAAGAAAAAUAUGUUAAAACACAAGUCAUAAUGUAAUGUACAGUUGAAUUUUGAUAACGCUGUGGUAAUACAAUGAUUUUAAAUAAUCUUACACGAGGUCAAACAAGUUUUUGUUGAGACUAAAUUAUCUGUAAUCAUAAACAUAUGUUACUAUUAAUGAUAAAAAAAUUUGGUGAUAACAAUCAUCCACAUUGUCAUCCGGAAUGUAAAUAAUUAAUCUAAGGUUUCGUAAUAUUAUUAUAUAUAUAUAUAUAUUAUUAUUAUUAUUAUUGAAUUAAAAUAUAUAUAUAAAUAUAUAUAGAUAUAAUUAACAGUAGCUGUAGACUUGGAGAAACUAAACAGUGAAAGAUAAAAGCGUUUAGAUUAGAUAUUAAUUACACUGCUAGUUAAUUAUAAAUAUUAAUUAAAAUAUAAAAUAAAUUAAUUGUUAAUUUAUAGUAAAUAAUGUACUAGCAGUGUGAUAAUUAUUUUCAAAGUUGUCUAUAUUUUAUAUUUCAUUGUACAAUUCUCUCUAAUUAAUUAAUAAUUAUUAUUAACAAAUACAUGUUGGAUUAAUUUUCAAAUUCAAAAUCAAAUGUUUAUUUUUUAUUUUUUUUGCUUUUUUAAAAAGUAUAAAUAUUUCAAUUAUAUGUAUAACUUUUAUUGAGUCGCGUGUAUUCUUGCCCGCUUUGGUAGAGUUUUAUUAUUAUUAUAAAAUAAUUAUAUUUAAAAAAAUGAUAAUUUAAUUAUUAAAGUGUUUAUUAUAAUUAAUUUAUAAUUAUUAGUUAUUAAUUAACAUUUUAUAUUUUUUAUUUGUAUAUCAUUUAAUGAUAAACAGAGAAUAUAUUUCUGUUACAUAAAAGCGCUAGUAAAUGAAAAAAAAAAAUUAAAAAAAUGGUAAAAAGAUGAAACGAUAAUUGAAAAUAAAAAAAAAAAGAAAAAAAAGGUUUAUAAAUAAAUAAAUUCCAGGCGUACAUAAGACGCAAGUCAUAUGUGCGAGUACAAACGUCAAUCGAACAAAAAAUGAAAAAAAAAAAAAAAGCAAACUGCGAUAGUUGGAGUAAUGAAUGUUUAAUAAAUAAAAU